AUGAAUUUUUCCCUUAUCGAAAUGAGGAAAAGAGAACAAAAUUAUAAAGAGACUUUUAACUUUAAUGUAAAGGAGAAUGAGAAAGUGUCAGAGAAUUCUAAUAAUAAAAACAUACCCAUGUUCAAUGAACAGGAGAGCGGGAAAGCAGAAGAUUAUGAAGAUUAUAAAAUGUUUCCAAGGUACAUGCCUGAAAAUGUUACUAUGUAUAAUCAAGAAGAAAAUUACGUGAUAAACUAUGAUGAACCGACAAUUAAUAACCAAAUGAGAUAUGAAGAUAGUAGGAUAAACAAUCAAAUUAGGUAUGAAGAAAAUGAAAGAGAUGUCUAUGAAAAUGAUAUGAAUCCAUUCCCUCAUUACCAACAAUUUUAUGGCCAUGAGAACACUGAUCCUUACCAGAUGGGCUAUUUGCCUCAUCAGAUGCAGAUGAACCACUAUCAGCAACAAAUAACAAAUGGAGAGUAUGUACAUCCAGGAUACAAUGAUCAGGUAGAACUUAAAAAUAAUCUUCCUAAGACAGGUAAGAAAAAAAUUGUUCUUGAGUAUAUUAAUAAGAAGUCUAAAAGAAGUGUUACUUUUUCAAAACGUAAGAAAGGUCUAAUGAAGAAAACUUAUGAACUGUGUGUCCUCACAGGAGCUGAGGCUUUAAUUCUUGUUGCUAAUGAAACUGGUCAUGUUUACAGUUACGCUACCUCAAAGUUUAAACCUAUUUUAGAAAAUCAAAAGAAUAUUAUCAAAUCAUGUCUUUAUGCAACAGGAUUCCCAACUAAACCAAAUGACAAUGAAUACAAAUAUGAUAAUGAUGAUGAAGAAUAA